UAGCUCUGGGGAAGGACGUACCAAUCACACAUUUUGCCCACUGGCGACUGCAUGCAGAUAUGAUACCUAACCUGAAUGUUUAGUCUAUUAGUCUAUCAAUAAUAAGAGGACAUCUCUGAAGCCUGGGAUGGAAUACAUUUCAACAGCAGUGAAAGUUCUCUUUCUUUUCUCUUUCCACCUCGGACUGUAUCUUGUUCAAAGCAAAAGUCUGGAGUGGAGUAACGUGUCACACGGUUUUUCGUCUCAGUUUUUACACCAAACGAGAGGCGGACUACGGAAGAGAAACAAACUAAACGGAAACCAAUAAUUAUCUAGGAGGGAUCUGUUUUUCAACCGUUAUUCCACGCCUAUUGCGCAUCGAUGUGGAUAAUACUUUCUCUACACUACAGACGUCUCACUAGGAACCAUAGUUGUUAGGGGUUAGUACGAAGCUAGCUAUGUAAAAGCAAAGAAAGAUAGGAACAGAUAGAUCAAAGUGUAAUUUAUCAUGCAUAUGAUAAUGAUUUAUAAACUGUCAGGUGGAUGGACCGCAACUUCAUAUCAGGAAAGUAGCCACUUUCGCAUCACAAAUAUAUAUGGCUAUAAUUUGUAAGACUAAGACAAAGGUUAUUAGCUGUGAGAUGGCGUGGUCAGUACAUUGGGGCCUCCUCCUGCUCUGCAUAGUGAUCCUCUACUGCAAACCAGUGUCCACCGGCAACCACAGCUCCAGGGGGCAGUCAGGUUCGUCACAGGUAAAGACAGGUACCUGUGAAGUAGUGGCUGCCCAUCGCUGCUGCAAUAAGAACAAGAUUGAGGAGCGCUCUCAAACAGUCAAGUGUUCCUGCUUCCCUGGUCAGGUCGCCGGGACAACAAGGGCAAUGCCCUCUUGUGUUGAAGCAUCCAUCGUGCGUCAGAAGUGGUGGUGUCAGAUGCAGCCCUGUCUGGAGGGAGAGGAGUGUAAAGUACUGCCUGAUCUCACUGGCUGGUCCUGCAGCUCUGGAAACAAAGUCAAGACCACCAAGGUGGCGCGGUAGCAAAAAAAAACAUCUCAGCCAAUCGACUGAGACCCUGAACGUGCCACGGCCUGGCCAGUUGUCAAUCACACACAUUUUUUGCUUUGAAAAAAGUGAAGAUCUGCUUCAGUCCCCAGAAAAUAAUGAGGAAUACAAUAGCAAAUGAGCAGCCCUAUCAAAUGAGUAGAGUGACUGAUGUGAACUCAAGAGGCACUCAAGGAGCCUUUGUCAUACAGUACUCCUCCUUUCUUCCCUGACUGUGUCCUCUGAGAGACAGAGAUGGGCUUAGCCAUGGCAGCCAGCUCCUACCUAAGACUAACGGGCAGAUAAAAAAUAUAGCUUGGCAAGUCUUUCAAUGGGAUUCCAUAUUGUGUUCUGUCAGCGGGACUUUGUCUUUCUGUGACAGAUAAAUGCUGAGCUGGGGAUUGCUGUAUGCAUUCAGGCUAAGUUUUGGAUGAGCCACACGCAGAGACACAACUGGACAAUGUUUCAAUAAAUAGACUGUGAACUUGGACCAAUGGCUUUAUGGAGAGAGACUCUUGUCUUGACUGUCUCAUUAAGCAAUGUGCGCUGCUAGUGACAAGUGGAAGCGCCUUCGAUUUGGGAAUUCUUAUUGAUACAAUAUGUGUAGAGAUUCAGUCCCCCACACACACACACACACACACACACACACACACACACACACACACACACACACACACACACACACACACACACACACACACA